GCACCCACAAGGUUGAGAGCUGAGACUGAUCUGUGCCAUCCGUCCGUUCCCGCGAGCGAGAGAGGCCGGCCGCAGCAUGGCGUCCGCCGCCCACCGGUCCAUGGGGUCUGCCCUCCUGUCCCUCAACCUCAUCAUGUACGUCGUCGUCGCGGUCAUCGCUGGCUGGGCAAUCAACUACAGCAUCGACGAGAGCAGGAACUCGCUGAAGGGCGCGACGCCGCCGGUGCGCCUGUUCCCGAUCUACUUCCCCAUCGGCAACCUGGCGACGGGGUUCUUCGUCAUCUUCGCGCUCGUCACGGGCGUCGUCGGCAUCUCCACCUCGCUCGCCGGCCUGCACGAGGUCAGCCAGGGGUACCCGGCCAGCAUGAUGUCCGCCGCCGCGUCCGCCCUUGUCACCUGGACCCUCACCGUCCUCGCCAUGGGGCUAGCGUGCAAGGAGAUCAGCCUCAGCGUGAGGCCCGGGAGCCUGCGCACCUUGGAGGCGUUCACCAUCAUCCUGACCGCCACGCAGCUGCUCUGCGCCGUGUCGCUCCACGCCGGCGCGCACGCGGUCAUCCUGGAGACGCCUAUCGGCGGCAGAGUCUAGCUGAGGUGCGCGAUGACAGCUAGCAUGCGCCAUCUUGGCAGAGUGAUCGGUGUUGUGUCGCUUUACAGGUGCCGUGUGUGUGCUUUCUGGGUACCUAAAAUUCGUGUGAGCCUCAUUCAUUUGUAAAAAAAAAGGCGUGGACUCAUAAGUGGUGGUGAACUAUCGGCGAUUCUUCCCAUACUACUGCAAGACAAAAUUAUUGCGCUUUGCACAGUUCCACUAUAUAUAUAUACUAAGUGCAUGUUUGUAUUAAAUAAUCUUGAUUAUUUACUCUAGCUAGAAUAAA